CUUCAUUACAAAGAAGUAUAAGUAUAGAUGAAAGAUUACAAGAUCUGUUAAUAUUUGGUAAAAAUUCUUUAGUGAAUCUAGAUACAAUCGUAAAAAAGAACUCUGAAUCUGGCAUAUCUAACUUUACUAUAAGUAAUUUACUAUCUAAGUGUAUUGAUGAAUCAACAGAUAAAAUAUUAAAUAAGAAACAAAAACAGGCUAAGAAAGAAUCACAUAUAUUAAAAAAUCUUAUAAAAGAAUUAUCUACUGAACCUGAAGCUCCACAAGAUUCUGUAACUAGAAAAGAAAAUGCUGUUAAUUUUAAUGAUUUGUAUAAUAAUAUAACCUAUACAGAAACUCAAAAUAAAAUUAUAAAUCAGGAAGUUAUAACCAGCUAUUAUCUUCUUAAUAAAGCACUUGAGAAUAGGUAUGAUUACUAUAAAAAAAGUAAUCCUAAGCAAACGGCUUAG